AUUUGACGAUGAUUGUAUGUUUUCAGGAGAGGCGUUAGAUUGGGAGAACAUGACUUUUCGACGGAGCAGGAUUGCGAAACGUCUUUGGACGGAGACACGGUGUGCUCACCACCAUACCAGGACAUGGGAAUCGAAAAGGUGAUUCCGCAUCCGCUGUACAAUAGAACAGCUCUUCAAAACGACAUAGGUCUGCUCAGACUGGCAAGAGCCGCGAAAACAGAUCAGGACAACAUCAAACCGAUAUGUCUGCCGUACACGAAGGAGACGCGCGAGGUGAAAGUGGACAAAUACUUGGUUACAGGCUGGGGCCAAACGGAGAAGAAAACCAGAUCGACCGCUCUGCUCAAAGUAUUUGUAGACGCCAUGAAUUAUGAGGAAUGCCAGGAGGUGUACAAGAACCUUACGAUAACACGAAGGCAGAUCUGCGCUGGUGGCAAAGCAUCUCGCGAUUCUUGCACGGGCGACAGCGGCGGACCGAUCCAGACUGCUGGGUCCCUCGACUUUGAUGCCAAGUACAUACAGUACGGUGUCGUCAGUUUUGGGCCGAAGAACUGCGGUCAGAGCGGACUGCCCGGCGUAUACACCAGCGUCGCUCACUAUCUGCACUGGAUCCUGGAUAACAUAACUAGCUAAAGAAGGAUUCCACACUCAUUUAGCCAUUGUCUCUUUCUCCGAAUCUCGUGUGAUUUUGAGAUUUUGGAUGAGUCAACGACAGAAUCCACCAGCCAAUUAAAACUUUAAACAAAAACGAA